AUGGAUCUGGCUAAAUUUAAAGAACUAAAAAAAGCACAAGUGAAACUGUCAGGCGGAAACAGUCAUGUGGCCGAGGGUACAUUCACAAUAUCAUCGGGAGCAUCUUUCAGCAUGGCUUUACAAGAAAAAUCAUCAACAGCCUUCAAAGCUCUUGCCUUUGAUGUCCAGAAAAUGGUAGAUGAUAUCUUUCAGACAAGUAAACUUCAAAAUGAGUAUAAAGGCUGUAGAGUUUCACAGUUCCGAAAUGGCAGUAUAAUUGCAGUCUUCAGCCUUUUCUUUGUACAAUGGGUGCCUGCUGUAAAGAUAAAGGAUGAACUGACUUUGGGCAUUGAAGAAAACAAAAGUGACCAUUUACAGACUUUCAUCAUCGAUGUGAACAGCAUAGAAAUAACAGCUGUUGCAAAUGUACCUACAAGUAUACCUCAAACAACAACAGUGGUAUGUUUACCUCCUAAUGAACGUUGUGCUGAUGGUGUAAGCUGCAUAAGAAAAGAAUUAUUUUGUGAUGGUAUACCAAACUGCCCAAACGGUUCUGAUGAAUAUGAAAAAACAUGUGCUACAUCCUGUGAUGGAAAAUUUAUUCUGACUGGCUCCUCUGGAUCUUUCCACUCUAUUCGUUAUCCAGAGCCUUAUCUUUCAGAUAUUGUUUGCCGGUGGAUUAUACAUGUAAAUGAAGGAUUAUCUAUUAAAGUAAACUUCAGUGCUUUUGAUACACAAGACUAUGUGGACACUCUAAGCAUUUAUGAAGGUGUAGGACCAACAAAGAUUUUAAGAGCUUUCCUCUGGGGCUCUAAUCCUGGUACAAUCCACAUUUUUUCUAAUAAAGCCACUGUAGAGUUUGCUACAGAUUAUUCUGAAAAUCAUAGUGGCUUUAAUGCAACAUACACUGCAUUUAAUACAAGCAAGUUAAACAACACUGAAAAAAUUAACUGCAGUUUUGAAGAUGGCUUUUGUUACUGGAUUCAAGAUUUAAACGAUGAUGAUGAAUGGGCAAGAAUUAAUGGCCCCACCUUUCCUGUUACAUCUGGUCCUGAUUUCGAUCAUACAUUUGGCAAUCUAUCAGGCUAUUAUAUUUCAACACCUAUGCUGCUUGGAGGCAGGCCAGUGAGAGUUCGACUUCUCAGUUUACCUUUAGUCCCAGUUUCAGACAUAUUUUGCUUAAGUUUCUGGUAUCACAUGUAUGGUGCUAGUGUUUAUCGGUUGAGCAUUAACAUAACAUAUGACAAUGAAGCUGAAAAGACAGUUUUCCAGAAGGAAGGAAAUUAUGGAAACAACUGGAACUAUGGACAAAUAACACUAAAUGAAAUGUCCAAUUUUAAAGUUGCGUUUGAUGCCUUUAAAAGACCUGGAUGGGAUGACAUUGCCAUUGAUGAUAUAGAACUGACAAAUGGAGCCUGUACUGAAAGUGUUUAUCCUGAACCUACUUUAGUCCCCACAACUCCUACAACACCUCAGCUUUCCAUGGAUUGUGGAGGACCAUUCGAUCUGUGGGAACCAAACACUACAUUUAGUUCAAUGAACUACCCCAACAAGUACCCCAACAAAGCCUUGUGUGUGUGGUAUUUAAAUGCAGAAAAAGGGAAAAAUAUUCAACUUCAUUUCCAAUAUCUUGAUCUGGAAAAUAUUUAUGAUGUCAUAGAAAUCAGAGAUGGCAGAGGACCCAAUUCUUUAUUUUUGGCUGUGUAUACAGGGAAAUCCCCAGUGCCAGAUAUCUUCUCUACGACUCACCAGUUGACUGUGCUCUUCAUUACUGACGAGUCUGGAACAAAGAGUGGAUUUCUAGCUAAUUUUACUACAGGCUACUAUCUAGGCAUGCCAGAACCCUGUGAAUCCAAUUAUUAUAAGUGUGGAAGUGGAGAAUGCAUACCACUUGCUCACCUUUGUGACCAACUGCAACACUGUAAAGAUAAUUCUGAUGAAGUGGAUUGUGUGCGCUUGGUUAAUGGUUCCCUCAGUGUCAACGGAUUGGUUCAGUUCAAGAUUGAGAAGGAAUGGCAUACCGCUUGUGCAGAUUACUGGACUGAACCACUGUCCAACAGGAUUUGCCAUUGGUUAGGACUGGAAAAUGUGAAUACAUCAUCUCCUCUCUCGAUGGUUGAUGGCACUGGUCUUUUUGUGGAUGUUACAAAAGCAGUCAACAACAGCUUGAUACUAACACCAAGGGUACAGUGUCUCAAUAAUUCAGUGAUUCACCUGCAAUGCAACAAUAAACCAUGUGGGACAAGACUGGUUAUGAAGAAAAACAGUGCCAAGAUUGUUGGUGGUGCUGAUGCCCAAGAAGGUGCUUGGCCUUGGGUGGUCUCUUUGCAUUUUAAUUCCCGACCAGUUUGUGGAGCUUCUCUUGUCAGCAAUGAAUGGGUGGUCUCAGCUGCACACUGUGUAUAUGGGAGAAAUUUACAACCAUCUUGGUGGAAAGCAGUACUUGGUUUGCAUACCAAUCUGAAUCUAUCAUAUCCCCAAACAGUCAUCCAAGAGAUUGAUCAAAUCAUCAUAAAUCCUCAUUACAAUAAGCGAACAAAAGAUAGUGACAUUGCUUUGAUGCAUCUUCAGUUCCAAGUGAAUUACACAGAUUAUAUUCAGCCCAUUUGCUUUCCAGAAAAAAACCAACAAUUUUUGCCAGGAACUAAUUGCUCCAUUGCUGGCUGGGGAAGAACCACAAAUCAAGGUUCUGUUGCAAAUAUAUUGCAAGAAGCAGAAGUCCCUCUUAUAACAAAUGAGAAAUGCCAGCAACAGAUGCCAGAAUACAAUAUUACUAACAAUAUGAUAUGUGCUGGAUAUGACCAAGGAGGAAUUGAUUCCUGUCAGGGGGAUUCUGGUGGGCCACUGAUGUGUCAAGAGAAUGAAAAGUGGCUCUUGGCUGGCGUGAUAUCCUUUGGCCAGAAGUGUGCAAUGCCUCACCGCCCUGGCGUGUAUGCAAAUGUUUCCAAAUUUGUCGAUUGGAUAAAAAGGAUAAUUAAUUGAGUUGUCUGGUGGCAACUCAAAGGCAAGCCUUCUCUGUAGUUGCCCCAGGCUAUGGAAUGCUCUUCCUGCUGAGAUUAGAGCUGCUCCAUCCCUGUUGGCUUUUAAGAAACAACUAAAGAUGCAUCUCUUCAGUCAAGCUUUUUAGCUGUUUGGUAGUUUUAAUGGGUAUUUUAUUUUGAUUUUUUAAAUGUUCUAAUUGUUGGAAUUUCUUGGUUUUAUUGCUGUAAACCUCAUAGAGACUUUGGUAGUGGGCGGUAUACAAAUAUGUUUAAAUAAAUAACACCAGUUUUUAAAACUAAUGGGGAAAUAUAGGAAUCACAGAAUAUAGAACCAUAGAAUUUUUGAAUGGAAAGGGACCUUGAAGGCCAUCUAGACCAGUGAUUCUCAAACUUGGGUCCUCAGGUGUUAUUGGACCAACUCCCAUAAUCCCCAACCAAAGGCCACUGAGGCUGGGGAUUAUGGGAGU